AAUCUAAAUCGUUCCGAUGAUCCUUUCGUCGCGUAAAUUGAUCUUGGUGAUGCAAUUUGUUUGUAUCGUUCCAAAUCGAAGUCUUGAACUUAUAUUUUGCUCUCUAAUUAUAUAACAUCAGUUUCUAUUUUAGAAAAAUAGAAUUAAGAUAAGAUUUCAAAUCAUUAUUGAAUGUAGCUAUUUUAUUAUUAUCUUCGUUCUUUAUUUAUUUGAGAAGCUGUGUAAACAUUAAAAUGUCUAAUCCAGCAAAAUAUUUUUAUUUGUCAAACCGAUCUGACAGCGUGUUCCUUAAUUUCUUCUGAAUUGUGCAAUUCAACCAUUAUGGCUUUCAAAAGUGUGAUCUAGGAACAGCAUCCCCAUGGGGGGAAUGCUGAAAUAAAUUUAUGAUUUUAUUUUUCUUUAUUAUUUUUCUUUAGUUUUCAAUUAUAUUUUUAUUUUUUUCCAAUUUUUCAACGCACAAUUUUAUACUUAUAACAAGAGAUUCCAAGAAGCAGAUUUAUAAAUGGAACAUCAGCUAGAAAGGGAUUGUACUCCAAGAUGUAAAUCUUUUGUUCAUGCAAAUCUUAUUCAAGGAUGUGUUUGUACUGCUACUCCAUCUCAGUUAAAAGCGUAUGCUGUGUGGCUUUGUCAUAAUUUUGCCACUGUCACUGAUGAGUUAGGACGAAAUCUUCUUCAUGCUGCUUCCAGUAAUGGUAAGUGGGAGAUUGUGGAGUGGUUGAUUAAACAAGUUCAUAUAGAUUUUGAUAUAAAAGAUCAUGAAUCUGGUUGGUCUUCUUUGCAUCGUAGUUUCUUCUAUGGACAGCUUGCUUCUGCUAGGGUACUUUGCAUGAAUGGUGCAAAUCUACGCUCUGUAGAUCAUGAAGGCUUUACUCCUCUUGAUUUAGUAAUGAAAGAUCGCCUUCCUUACAUUGAAUAUAUUCCUUCUGAUCCAUCUGAUGUUUAUGCUUGGGGCUUAAAUUUUAACUACAACCUAGGUUUAGGUAAUUCUCAAAAUAGAGUUGCUCCUGAAAUUUUAGAAGUUUUUCGCAAAGAUUUCAUUGACAUAAAGCAGGUUCAAAUAUGCAAAUUUCACAGUGCUUUCUUAUCAACAAAUGGUAAAGUGUAUACCUGUGGAUAUGGCCAUGGUGGUCGAUUAGGACAAGAAACUGAAGAUAUAUCCUUAGUACCAUCACCUGUCAAAGGGUUAGGGUCUCAUUCUUGUGUUCAAGUAGCUACUGGACAAGAUCAUUUGAUUUUAUUACUAGAAAAUGGACAGGUUUGGAGUUGUGGACAUAAUGUUUAUCAUGUUCUUGGCCAUAUUCCUCCUACUGACAAAGUUUUAAGUCCAAAGCCAAUAUCGCUGAAAUUUUUGAAAGGAAAUAAAGUUAUAGGAGUCAAGGCUGCUAGAUUUCAUUCAGUUAUUUAUACUCUUGACAGUGUCUAUACUUUUGGACUAAAUGCUGGACAACUGGGCCAUGCAAAGGGAGACCGUACUCAAAUUCAUCCCAGACAGGUAUCUGGUUUAUAUUCUGAGAACUGCAAGAUAACUCAUGUUGAAGUGAGUGAUGGAGCUACUGUUUGUGCAACUAACCGUGGUGAAAUUUAUGUUCUCCAUGAGUACCAGAUACGAAAAAUAGCAUCAAGGCAAUUGGACAUCCAGAAAUUGUCUGUUGUGGGUGGCCAUUUGGAUUCACGAGUUGAUGCUGCAGGCGUAAGAGAAGGAGGAGGCUUAGAACUAAAAGUGCUGCUACUUGCGAAUUCAGGAAAAGUUUAUCUUUGGCGACAAAGUGAUCCCUAUUUAAGAAGAUGCAUAUUUACUUCUCAAAAAGAAAUUUUAGUUUCUGAUAUUCAUAUAAACCACUAUUCUGUUGGCCUUAUUUCUACAAAAAAUGAAGGUUAUUUAGGACAAAUAGUACCAUUUAAGGGGAAAAGAGCCGCUCCCCCACCUUCAACUUUACACCCUCCUUCUAAUUUCUCUAACCGAGCUUCUUCAGGAUUGGUCAUUCUGCUUGACACUGAUGACUGUCACUUUAUCAAACCCAAGAAAUUACCUAACAUUUAUCGAGCAACAUCCAUAACUAGUGACUCUAAGGGAAGAAAUUUUGCUGUUUUGCAAUCCAAUCCAAAAAUGGGGUUAAUUGAAGUACCGUGGCUUUCAAAUUCCAGAAUGCUUCAAGAUUUUGCGAGACUUUUAUCAGAAACUCAUGUUCAAGAUGAAUUCCAUGACAUCAUUGUGAAGGUAGAUAAAAGAGAAUUUGCUGCUCAUAAGUAUAUCUUAGCUUCCCGCUCUGAAUAUUUCAAGAAACAGUUCAAUAAAGAGGCUUGUGUAAAUGGCAUAAUGCAACUAGAAAAUACAAAAGCUGAAGCUUUUGAGCACGCUAUGAAAUUUAUUUAUACAAAUAACUGUGAUUUUUUAAUCAGUGGAUUUGAAGUGAAAUGGGGAAUCAAUAAAGAGAAUGGAAAGAAGAAGAAAUCUGGUACUAAAUCUUCGAAAGCUGCCAGCCCUGUCCUGAUCCUUUUAGAAUUGUCUAAAAAACUUGGCCUAAAUUAUUUAGCUAAAAGAUUAGAAAAUGUGAAAUUGAUUGAUGGCAGAAUUUAUACCUCUGAUGCUGAUCCUCCAAAGGACUUGAUCUUUAAAAGAAAUUAUUUAUCCACCUUACAUGAUGCUUGUUUAAUCUCUUCUGAUGGAGUUGUUUUCAAAUGUCACAAAUGUAUCCUGAUAGCCAGGCUUGACUAUUUUCAUAGUAUGCUGAACACAUGCUGGUCUGAGACUGCAAAUCUGGAACAGAUAAAUUUGCCUAUUCCAUCUCAAGUGUUGGAAGCCAUUUUAGACUACCUUUACUUAGAUGACAGUGCUAAAGUCAAUGCAUCUGAUGAUGUUAAUUAUCUUUCUCAGACACUCAUUUUUGCUGAUCAGUUAAUCAUUCCUGUAUUAAAAGAGAUGUGUGAAGUAUCUUUAGUUAGACUUAUUACCUUAAAAAACUCUGCAGAGCUUCUAGAAAUUUCAUCUUUGUACAAUGCUUUACAGUUAAAGAGAUCUUGUAUGCAAUUUAUUUGUCUCAAUUUAGCUGCUAUGAUAGAAUCUAAAGUUCUUGAAGUUUUGAGUGAUGAUGUCAUGGAGGAAUUGACUACUUAUUACAGAAAUAUGGUACCUGGCAUGCAUAAAAGAAGAUUCAUCUCAGGUAAUGCACCUUCCCGUGAAGAUCUGGUAAAUCUGGAAAAGCAGUUUCCUGUGAGUGACUUGUACAGUUUUGAGAGAUCUAGAUCUGAAUCUCAUGAAAAUAGAACCAAAAAUAGACGUAGGACAAACUCUUGGCGCUCAGAAACUAAAGAAGUAGCUCCGCAUGCUAAAGACAGUGUCAAUUCUAAUAGCAGCCCAGCUAAUGGUAAUCAGAAUAUAAUUCUCGAUUUUGUGACUCCAGAAACUGCUGAAAAUAAGCUUGAACCACCUAUCUGGCCAUCCCCCAAUGGCAAAGAAACUAAACCGAUUCCCAUAAGUCCUAAAGUUGAUAAACAAGGGCAGUGGAUAAUGAAAUGCCCCACCUACGAAGAAGUUGCAAGUUUGGAUACGAUAAUGUCAAAAGAAAAGGAAUUAAUAGUCCUUCAGAAGAAAUCAAGCAGUGUAGCUAUAAAACGGAUGCCUCAUUUGUCACAAAAACAGAAAAAAAUGACCAAGCCUAUCGGGGACAUUCUCCAGACCUCUUGUAGCCCACCUAGUAGAUGCCCAUGGGCAAAAUUACCUGAACAGUCUCCUCCUUCGCCUUCUUUCUGGGAUUCUCUUUCUAGACAAGAAUGGCCUUCAACCAACCCAUUUUCCAAUCCACUGAAAUCUUUGCCAGAAGUUAGUGCUAAUAAGAUAGCUCCUAGUCAAGAGAAUACAAAAGAUGUGGUAAUAAGUCUUCAUGAUAUUCAAAAAGCCGAAGAGCAGAAACAACGGCGAACCCUCAACCCUAAAAUUAAGCCUUUGCAUCUUAUUAAU